AUGACCUCAACCUGUGUAGUCCAGGAACAGUCGCACGAUGCAAACAUCACUCUCGAGGCUCUUCCUCGACAGAUUCCGGGAUCAGAAUCUCUUACUGAUGGCUCGCAUGGCUUUCUAGCACUGGAAAAGUGGAAUCAACCUCGUAUCAACACUUAUCGCUCUUUCUCGACCUUUUGGAGUUUCCUAGUGAUGGGAGCGAAUGAUGCGGCAUACGGUGCUUUGAUUCCCUAUCUCGAAACGUACUACAACCUGUCAUAUACGAUCGUCUCACUUGUAUUCCUAUCACCUCUGGUUGGCUAUACUCUUGCAGCCUUUCUCAACCACCGAAUCCACACCAUUUUGGGACAGCGUGGUGUAGCAUUUAUUGGACCAAGUUGCCAUCUGAUCGCCUACGUCGUGAACUGCACACAUCCACCGUACCCCGUACUCGUGGUCGCAUUCAUCUUCGCUGGCUUUGGAAAUGGCCUGGAGGAUGCCGCCUGGAAUGCCUGGAUAGGUAAUAUGGCCAAUGCUAACGAGCUGCUGGGUUUUCUGCACGGUGUAUAUGGCGCUGGUGCGGUCCUGAGUCCGUUGAUCGCGACUUCAAUGAUCACCAGAGCCAAUCUACCCUGGUACUAUUACUAUUAUGUCAUGGUUGGAUGUGCUGUCGUCGAGCUUGCGGCAUGUGGUACUUUCUUCUGGGAAUCUACGGGCGCGGUAUUCCGUGCAGCCAACUCCCACUCGGUCGGAGAUAAUAAGAAAGGCGGUCUUAAAAAUGCCCUAUUCAAGCGCCCAUCGGCCCGGGUCACCUGGUUAUGUGCUCUGUUUCUGCUAGGUUAUGUUGGAGUGGAAGUUGCAUUGGGUGGUUGGAUUGUCACCUACAUGAUCCGGGUCCGACACGGGGCCCCAUUCGCUAGCGGCAUGACGGCCACUGGAUUCUGGCUUGGUAUAACUGUCGGUCGAGUCACUUUGGGGUUCGUAACUCCACGAGUGGGCGAAAAGAUAGCGAUCGCAGCUUAUAUUGUGUUGUCCAUGGCAUUCGGUCUAGUCCUGUGGCUCGUGCCUCAAUUCUAUGCGUCCGCGGUGGCCGUUUCCCUGCAGGGCUUCUUCCUAGGCCCUCUCUUCCCGGGCGCAAUCGUGAUGAUCACGAAGCUUCUCCCGCGACACCUCCACGUCAGUUCGAUCGGAUUCACAGCCGCAUUUGGAGGCAGUGGAGCAGCCAUCCUGCCCUUCGCCGUGGGAGCGCUGGCACAAGCGAAAGGAGUCAGCGUGUUGCAGCCGUUCAUCAUCGCUCUAUCGGGAGCCAUCUUCGUCGCGUGGCUGGGAUUACCGCGGGUGUCGAAAGUGCGACGGAAUGAAUAG